CCCAUCCACCCACUUUUUUUUUUUGUCUCUCCCGCCCGCAACAACUGCCCAGCAGUUUCUUGUUCCAAGAAAAAAGCGGGACCCGAAAAUUGUGUUGGCGUUUACACACAUCGAUCUUUUCCCUGUGUACAUGUGCGUGGACCAUCAAUCGAAAUGACGAGUGACGAUUUAUUGAUGGAGUCGGUCCCGAUGGACCGUCUGUCCAGUUGCUCGCUGGACAGCGUUAUCGGCUACUUGGAUGAACUUUUGGGCAGGAAAGACGAGACAGUCGAUGAGACAGCCAUGCGAUCCCCAUUUCCGAUGCUGUGCGACGUGAAGGAUGAGACGAUCGGCCGCGUUAAGUUGAGCUCGGAUCGCGUUCGAUCCAAUUUCGCGGACGAAGAAUGCGCCCAACGAGUGAUGGACUUGUCUUUUGCAUCCGUCUACGAAAUGCCUUCGUCGUCGAAUGUCGGCCAUUCGAUGGUGAUGCCCGUCCGAUCGGUUAUUGGAUGUCAAAAAGUGAUGACCGUCCUCAGCGAAUCGCACGAUGCGCCCGAAUCGCUGGACAGCGGAGUUGAAAGUAACAAGUCCGACGACGAGUGUCAGACCAACGGCGGCCAUUCGCCCGUCGCAUGCUGCGCCAGUUUGGGCGAUAAAGGUCGCAAUUACGCCAUCCCGUUGCAUCAACACGAUUAUCAGAAUUUGAUCAGCUGCUCGCCGUUGCAGCAGCAGCAGCAACGUCGGCCGGCCCGCCGCAAUCAUUCGACAGCGUCAUCCAACUGUCGAACGGGUCGAACCAAUCGAAACCGUCAAGAUGGUCCGAUUGGCAACGUUCACGAUCAGAAGCCGAUGAAAGACGAUAAAUUCUACGAGAUCUGCUUGGGUCAUUUGUGUUUGCAAAUGGAAGCCGGAAACAGCCAGGCCGGAACUGGACUCGGCUUUGAUCGAUGGAUCUCGAUUUUCUCGUUGCAGAAACACCAGGACGAGCUCAUUCAACUGUCGGGCAGCCCGUCUUCUCCGUCCGCUUCGUCGCCGGCCAAUCACCGCAAACACAGUCAUCAUCAUCAACCGCAAUCUCAUCAGCCAGGUGGCAAAAGGCAAUCGCAACGGCAUCACAGCACCGGUGGCAUCAGCAGUCGUCAAGGAUCGCAAGAAAACAACAACUCUAAUAACGGAAGGAGUAGUUCGACGUCCGGCGGAUUGAGUAUCCCUUCUAGGGAGCCGUCGCUGGCCGACGCGAAUAUCAACAGCACCAAAUCGCCGUCGCCACAGCGCCAGGAGCGAAAUGCGUCCGUUGUCAGCGCGACGGCCGUCGAUGGCGGUGCGACGACGGCCAGUGGAAACGGACGCAGCAAUCCUUCGCCACCGAGCAACGCUCAGCAAACAACGGCUCCUGCCGGCCAACCGACCGGUCAAACGGGACCCAACAGCAAUCAAAUCGCCCAACUUACUUUGUCGCCUAGCGAACGCGCCAUGAUGAUGGGCAAAGUGCUGAAAACACUGAUCCUGGCGUCGUCGUCGGCCUCGCCCGCCUCGGCCUUGAUUCGCGACCGUAAAGUGCCCGGCCGAGGGACCGUCCGCCACUGUCUUGUCGGAACGGAAAUGGUCGACUGGCUCCUCGGGCUCAGCCCCGAAGUCCACAGCCGAGCUCAAGCGUCCGCCAUGUGGCAGGUCCUGCUGGACGAACAAGUCAUCUUGGCCCUUUCGAAGGAGCACCAGUUCAAAGACAAGUUUGUCUUCUACCGGUUCCACGACGAUGCCGAAGGUCGUGGAGAUGGUCCAGCCGGCCGAAAACCCAACGCUGACGUCGUCCGCGACGCCCAACAGAAGAAGGACGAAGUGAUCUCGACGCUGACUCAACUGGCGCCCGAUGCCGUCCUCAAAGCGAUUCUCAGAAAACCGACUCACGACCGGUCUCCGGACGACUUGGAGAUCAUCUACGAGGAGUUGGUGCACAUCAGGGCCUUGUCUCACCUGUCCACUACCGUCAAACGAGAGUUGGCCAAUAUCAUCGUCUUUGAAUCGCAUCCGCGAGCGGAAACCGUCCUGUUUAAUCAAGGAGACGAAGGUACGUCGUGGUACGUCAUCCUGAAAGGUUCUGUCAACGUCGUUAUCCACGGAAAGGGCGUCGUCACUACACUGCAGGACGGAGACGAUUUCGGCCAGUUGGCCCUCAUCAACAACGCGCCGAGGGCUGCAACAAUCAUCACAAGGGAAGACGGCUGUCAAUUCCUGCGCGUCGACAAGGACGACUUCAACCGAAUCCUGCGCGACGUUGAGGCUAACACGGUCCGGCUCAAGGAGCACGGACGCGACGUCCUCGUCCUCGAGAAGGUCAGCGCCAAUCCCAGCGCUGCCCAUCGACAUUCCGCCUCGUCGCACUACAAGUACACGGUGAUGGCCGGCAUGCCGCAGAAGAUGCUGGAGCAUUUGCUGGAAACGCGAUUGGACGCGAGGCAUCUCAGCGCUCGAGACGAGGAUAUCAUCCGGCCCUACUCGUCGGCCACUGACAUGUUCCUCGAUGACUUCCUCUUGACGCACAUUAUGUUCAUGCCGACGCAUCAGCUCAUCACGGAGCUUAUGAGAAAAUAUCGGAUCGAGUCGCCAACGCAAGAUAAGGAGUUCGUCGUGGCCAGCAAAUCGCGCGUCGUCAAUUUCGUUUACCAGUGGGUUACCAGCAUCCGGGAUCCUGUCUUCGACGAGACCAUCACACACUCCUUUUUCGAGCAAUUGCACAGCGAGGUCCAUGCUGACGCCCGACUCUACCACACGCUGAGAGAAGAGGCCGCCAUGCUGGAUCACGUUCAGGAGCUACUAGGAGAGUACCGUGCGGCCAGACAACAGGGUGGAUCGUUGGCGACAUUAACGUGGACGUUGCCUGCCGGAGGGCAAUCGGUCGUCCUGUUUUCCGCGGUCAACGCGGCAGCCACAGCUGCUGCAGCCGCUAGCAACAGGAAGAACAGUGGAGAAUCGAGCGCAGCCAGUGCCUUUAGCUUGGAGAAGCGACGCCCUAUCCGCGCCGACGACGACAUCAUCUUCCGGGUGUACUGCGCCGACCAUACUUAUUGCACGUUGCGGCAACCCGUCAAUGCCACGGCAGAGACCAUUAAACUCAACGCCGCCGACAAGUUGGGCCUACGCCACGAGGAACUUGUGUUGGCUGAAAUCAAAUCCAAUGGUGAGAAGUCGGUGAUUAGCGAUACAGAGGUUAGCAUUGCCACUUGCUUGUCCAUCAACGGACGCAUUUUCGUUUCACCUAAAGACCACCUCGACGCCAUGACGGUGCUGCCCGACCAGGAAGGACCUUCCGACGGGACGUGUAACGAGCUGGAAAUGUUUAGCACGCGAGAGUUAGCUUAUUACAUCACGCUGAUCGAUUGGGAUCUUUUCUGCUCUGUUCACGAGUAUGAACUUUUGUACCACGUCGCUGGAGCGCAACCCUUCCGCAAGAUCAAGUCCAACUUGGAUUUAUUUUUACGCCGUUUCAAUGAAAUCCAAUACUGGGUCGUCACCGAGAUCUGUCUGGCCAACACUUUGGGGAAAAGAGUCCAGCUGUUACGCAAAUUCAUCAAAUUGGCCGCUUAUUGCAAAGAGUUCCAGAACUUGAACGCUUUCUUUGCGCUCGUCAUGGGUCUGAGUAACGUGGCCGUCAGUCGAUUGACUCAGACCUGGGAACGUCUUCCGUCCAAGUUGAGGAAAAUGUUUAACGAGUUUGACGGUUUAAUCGAACCAUCACGCAAUCACCGGGCAUACCGGAUCGCUGUGGGGAAACUCCAGCCACCCAUUCUUCCCUUCAUGCCUUUACUUUUGAAAGAUAUGACCUUCACUCACGAGGGCAACCGGACUCUACUGGACAGCGCUGGACUGAUCAAUUUCGAGAAGAUGCACAUGCUGGCUCAAACUAUGCGGACUCUUCGCUACUGCCGAAGUCGGCAACUACUGCUGCAACCGCCAACUCCGCGUAGCGAGCAGGAAGUGCGCAACUACAUUCGUAAUUUAAGGGUCGUUGAUAAUCAACGCAUCUUGACCGGCCUCUCACAGCGACUCGAGCCGAAACGGGCCUGAAUCCUUUUGAAAGCACAUCACCACGCAGCCUACUAUUAUUUACUCCCAGAAUUCCGUCAAAAGAAAGGUGACUGUUUUUUUUUUUUCAAACUAGUAGAUAGAUGAAAAAGAGGAUACUAAUUGGACAGACAUUUUUUUGCACAAAACGCUUACAUCUUUCCUUUGCCUCUAUCUCUCCGAUUGUGUUUCCAAAGUCCGAAUUGCGAUACGUUCUACGCACAUCAUUCUUUCUAUAGGCGUCCUGAUUAUUCUAUUUUUGCUAUAAAUCUUACAUCAAAACAUAUUUCUACUAUUUUAUCAAAAAAAAACAAAAAAACAUAAAUAUAUAUAUACAUUUAUCAAAGAUAUCAUCAUGCCCUUUCCUAUCCAGAUCCCUGUGUGUGAAUUUGCCUCCAUUUUUAUGCUAGGCGUGUUUGUUACAUUCUUUAUCAUUGUUCUCUCAGUCCACACCGUUUUAGCGCAAGUUUAAAGAGGCCUGCGGACGUCAAAAACUGUUAAUUAGGCCUAUAUCUUGGUUUUGAGAAUGCUAGUGAAAAAUCUAUGCCCAUUCCGAGUUCAUUUGUCGUUUACGUUUUAUAGAGCCAGUUCAAAUUUGCGCCUUGUUGUGGUACGUCUUCAUCAACCAAUCUUAUUCAUCAACGUCCAAAUUAUAAUCCAUGUUCCCUAUAUAAACUUAUCUUGUGACACUUUUGUAUUAUUUCAAUUUCGAGUCUUGGCCAUCCUGAUCUUGAAAAGGGGAAAAUAUAUAUAUAUAUAUGUUUCAAUCAUAA